UUCUCUCUCCUUCACAACCCCAUCACACCCCCCCUGAAAUCACACUUAGCUCCACAGUACUCCAUUCCCUUCCCUGCCCUUCCCUUCCAUGGCAACUAUGGCUACAACUCUCACUUCCUCUCUUUCCUCCAACCCCAAGACUGACUUCUUGGACACCCACCAAUCCUCCUUCCAUGGCGUCCCUCUUUCUUCCCCAAUUCGCCUCCAACCCAUCAAAUCCACCCCACACAACCUUUCUAUUUCCAUGUCCGCUUCUUCUCCUUCCUACGAUCUCCGAUCAUUCACAUUCGAACCCAUCAAAGAAUCGAUCGUUUCGCGCGAAAUGACUCGACGGUACAUGAUGGACAUGAUCACCUAUGCUGAUACUGACGUUGUUGUCGUCGGCGCUGGCUCUGCUGGCCUUUCCUGCGCUUACGAGCUCAGCAAGAACCCAUCGAUUCAGGUGGCAAUCAUUGAGCAAUCCGUCAGCCCCGGCGGUGGUGCAUGGCUCGGUGGACAACUCUUCUCAGCCAUGGUUGUCCGGAAGCCAGCACACUGCUUCCUUGAUGAGCUCGGUAUCGAGUAUGACGAGCAGGACAACUAUGUGGUGAUCAAACACGCAGCUCUGUUCACAGCGACCAUCAUGAGCAAGUUGUUGGCUAGGCCAAAUGUGAAGCUCUUCAACGCUGUGGCAGCUGAGGACUUGAUUGUGAAGGGAGGGAGAGUCAGCGGUGUUGUGACUAACUGGGCUUUGGUGUCCAUGAACCAUGACACACAGUCCUGCAUGGACCCCAAUGUGAUGGAGGCUAAGGUAGUGGUGAGCUCUUGUGGACAUGAUGGUCCAUUUGGGGCCACCGGAGUCAAGAGGCUGAAGAGUAUCGGAAUGAUUGAUAAUGUCCCAGGGAUGAAGGCCCUCGACAUGAACACGGCUGAGGAUGCUAUUGUGAGGCUUACAAGGGAGAUUGUGCCCGGGAUGAUCGUUACUGGCAUGGAAGUUGCAGAAAUUGAUGGAGCCCCAAGAAUGGGGCCUACAUUUGGAGCAAUGAUGAUAUCGGGACAAAAGGCAGCUCACCUAGCAUUGAAGGCAUUGGGACAGCCAAAUGCACUGGACGGAGCAUAUGUUGGAAGCGUUCAACCUGAGCUUAUCCUAGCUUCGGCAGAUGCCAUUGAAACUGCAGAUGCUUAAGCGUAGUUCUAGCAAAUAUGCAAGCCUAAUAAAGAAGAGUGAACAAGAAAGUAGUAGUUGGGAUGAGAUGGUGAUGGUUGUGAUGGCAAAUCCUUAAGUGGAUGAGUAAAUUCAAUGGCUUAGAUGUAAUUAGGCCAAGUUUUUGAUUGUGUGCGUCUCCUUUUGCUUUCCCUUUCUUUUGGGACUUGGAUUUGAGAAAUGGCAGCACUUGGUUCCUUUUGUUUUUA